CCGCUCGAAACGUUCUUGGCACCAGAGCUCGCUGACUGUGUCAACAGUUUUUCAUCGCUUGCAAACACCACUGUUCCAAAGGCUUCAGUAUCUGCUCUAGACAUCAAACAACGAGAAAAUGGUGGAGGACCGAUUGUCGAAGAUGUAGCGAUCGACUACGCUGGCAGCGAAGUGCCCAUAUUGGAGACGCUUGAGGAUGUUCACAUGUAUUUAUUAAGCAGUUUAUGUGGAAAGAGGGCAGGGUGCGAUGGGAGGACUACAACAUCACAAAGACGGACAUAGACCUCGUGAACGACCUUCUUGAAUCCAUGAUGACGCCGACAGGCGUGGAGCACUCAAGAAGUAAGCGUCAGUCCGUUACUCCACCGACAGGUCGCCGAAUUCGACGGGAAUAUAGAAGGUUAUCCGACGGAGAAAGAAAUGCAUUUCAUACAGUAUUGCAGGCGAUGAAAACGAAUGGACAGUACAACACGUUCGCAAACCUUCAUCGGGGUAUUGUUACCACGUCAGCACACAGGGGUCCCAACUUUCUCGGGUGGCACAGAGUAUAUCUAGCUUUGUUUGAGGAAGCAAUACGAAGAAUUAACAGGCAAGUUUCACUCCCAUACUGGGAUACCACCCUAGACUUCGAUAUGGUCAAUCCAGCAACCACAAUUGUGUUCUCAUCGGCGUUUUUUGGAAACGGUGACGGACGGGUGACCACGGGGCCAUUCGCAAACUGGGAAACCCCUAUCGGAAGGCUGACAAGGAAUAUUGCAGGAGGAAGUACGCUAUUCACCAAAGCGAAUAUCCGAAGUAUCCUGACGCGUUGUCGAACAAGAGAAAUCACCGUUCCUACUGCGUUACCUCAGUUCAACUUUGAAUCUUUCCACAAUGGUCCUCACGUUUGGGUCGGUGGACAAAUGUCGGGAACGAAUACAGCCGCCCACGAUCCCGUAUUUUUCCUCUUCCACGCUUUUAUAGACUACGUUUGGGAACUGUUUCGCGUCCACCAAUUAAAUGAUUGUCGAGUCGACCCCAGCACAGAUUAUCCACCAGUCCUUGGUGAACAUGCCCCCAACAGAGCAAUGGACGGGUUACCAGGUUACCGCAACAUUGAUGGUUAUCGCAGCUACUGGACGCAAAAUUGGUAUAGUUACGAAAGUUCUCCGAGCUGCCCAAACUGUAACUCCCCAUAUUUAAGAUGCGACACGGCCCACAGAGUAUGCGUGUCCAGUCAACGAACGCUUGCACGCGAUGAACCAGCGACUGUUGGUGGUUGGUUUUCUUAUGGGGCGGCAGCCAACUCAAUAUUUUCUCAAGCAAGAGACGAUGUUGCAAUGCUCAAUAUCGGUCCAUUAUUCAUAGGGCCACCUGCUGAACCGAGGACUCAGAUAGGUCAGGAACGAUUACGAUUAUCACGGAUGGGAGUAGGAAAGUAGGGAAAAUAAGGAAAGACAAUUUCUUCUGUCAACGGCGCUACCUGGCCCGUUUGCUCUGUCUGUAAGAAAUAAUUAAUAUGUUACUUUUUACACAAAUGAUAUUGCCUUAAAUGGCAAUUUAUAGUACAUGUGUUUUAUGGUUAUGCUACUUAUUUUGAAUUCAAUUAUGCUGAGAAAAGCAAUACACUAGGUGGGACAAUAUUUCCAAAAUUGUUUCAAUGUCACAAGGCAAGUCAGUAACCAUGGUAGAGGAGCUAAACGACCGCACUUUUGCGCCUUGUCUGUUGUUUGUUCUAAAUUAAACAUAAAACAAACAUUAGUUAUUCUCUAGUGUUAUUUACCAGAUGUCAAACAAUAAAAUAAGCAUAUGUUAAAUUGUUUUCCCAAGCUUUUACUGUUGGGUAUUUGUAUUUGUUAUACAUAUGAACACAAAUGAGGAAUUUCAGUACACCCUCAAAAUGCAAGAUUUUCAGAUGACUGUAUAGAAUAACAAUAUUAAUACCUUACAGAGUUUAAUUAUAUAAAUAUUUUUACAGUUUCAUUGAUAUCGAUAACGUCUCGGGCGCCAGUCUAAAGCACAUGGUUUAAACCAUGCGGACAGUGGUUUCCUGUGGCUGCGGAUUUUAACAAGAUAAUGGUGCGAUUGUGCAUUCGCACUGAUAAAUCUUAAACUCAUAUCUCUAAACACCCCUCAAGAAGACGAAUAGUCGAAAGUGUUAGGGUAUAUGAUACGUAUUGUUUACACUGUUUGAACAAUUUCUUUCGCAUGUAUAUAUUUUUUCUCCCUUAAA